UUGUUUACAAACAAAAAAAGAUGGCAUUCUCUCACAGAAACGCUCACAUGACAACGACAACGGGUUUAUUGUGUCGCACGGCGACUUUUGGCAACUUUGAAAUCUGGUGGGAUGCCGCUCCGGAGGAACAGAGGAGCGAUUGACGCUCAGUCUGUGCGGCGAACAUCCAAAUAAGGACAUUAAUCCGGGCUUUGCCUCAAAACCUCGUGAGGUGUCUAUCUAGGCAGCGCUUCUGGCGUCACAGGCGCGUUCCAAAUGAUGCUCAGAUGCCGACUAGGUGGAUGCUCGAUUGUUUUUUUGAGCCGCGGCCGUCAUUUCCAAAUAAAGGAUGUUGCGCGAACCUCUUGAGAUGAAGUUCUGGUUUAGUCCUGUGACUCAGAUGUUACAGAAACGGGGGGAGCACCGGCGUCACGACAAAAAGUGGAACGUGCUCCUGCUCGUGUCUCGCUCCACAUAAAAGCCACGAGCGCGAGAGCGUUUCAUCACACGCCAGCAACUACCUGAUCGACUCGCGAGCUCUGCAGACAAACAAGCUUUUCCAAAUACGGAUUUGUCUUAACUCUGAAAACAUACGUUUGGCCUCACUGCAAAAAGAGGAAGAGCUGAACUGAAGAAUCGCAAUAAUUGUCUUUCACAACAGAGCAGGAUGGAGAAGAUGAAGGACAGUAAGGGGAAGCAGGUGACAUGGUGCCUUAUGUUCUGCGUGUGCACGGCCAUCAUCGGCUCCUUGCAGUUUGGCUACAACACAGGCGUCAUCAAUGCACCCGAUGAGAAAGUGCAGGGCUUCAUCAGAAACGUGACUCAGGAACGCAGCGGAGAGCCAAUGGUAAAAUCCACAUUGACGACAGUGUGGAGUGUAACUGUUUCCAUUUUCAAUGUUGGCGGCAUGAUCGGGUCUCUUAGUGUUGGCAGUCUAGUUGACAAACUAGGGAGACGAAAAUGUAUGCUUCUGUCCAACAUCCUGGCUCUGAUUGGUGGAGGCCUGAUGGGUUUAUCCAGCGUGUGCAACUCUUUUGAGCUGAUAAUAGUGGGCCGUCUGAUUAUUGGUGCUUUCUGUGGUCUGUGUACAGGACUCACACCCAUGUAUGUGGGUGAAAUUGCCCCAACGGCACUGCGAGGGGCUUUUGGUACCCUUCACCAACUCGGGGUGGUCAUCGGCAUCCUUAUUGCACAGAUCUUAGGCCUGGAGUUAUUGCUGGGGUCUCAGACUUUGUGGCCACUGUUAUUGGGUCUGACGGUGUUGCCUGCAGUCUUACAGUGUAUCUUGCUGAUCUUCUGCCCGGAGAGCCCUCGGUACCUGCUGAUCACUCUGAACCAGGAGGAGGAGGCACGCCAAGUGCUGACACGUCUUCGUGGUCAUUCAGAUGUGGAGGAUGACAUCCGUGAGAUGAAGGAAGAGGCCAUGAAAAUGUCCAUGGAGAAGAAAGUUUCCAUUCCAGAGCUGUUCCGUAACUCCGCUUACAGACAGCCCAUUAUUAUCGCCAUAAUCCUGCAGCUUUCUCAACAACUCUCUGGCAUCAACGCCGUAAUUUAUUACUCUACCAAGAUCUUCAGAUACGCAGGUAUCACUGAGGCAGUCUAUGCCACGAUUGGAGUGGGGGCAGUCAACACUCUCUUCACUGUCAUCUCUCUCUUCCUGGUGGAGAGGGCAGGAAGAAGAACGCUUCAUAUGAUCGGACUAGCAGGAAUGACUGUCUGUGCUCUGCUCAUGACCAUUUCUCUAGAAAUUCUGAACCCUAUAAAUGCAGGAAGUGGCGCUAAUACGACUGCCACCUCCGAAACUGUAGCUGCAGGGGGAACUUCACCCAUCAGCAUUCUGGCCAUUCUGGCGGUGUUCGGCUUUGUGGCCAGUUUUGAGAUGGGACCGGGAACGAUCCCGUGGUUCAUAGUGGCUGAGUUAUUCGCUCAGGGUCCGCGCCCGGCGGCCAUCGCUGUGGCGGGAUGCUGCAACUGGACCGCCAGCUUUCUUGUCGGAUUGCUUUUCCCAGAACUAUUGGAACUGUGUCAAGCGUACGUCUUCAUCAUAUUCUUUAUCCUCCUUAUCAUCUUCUUCGUGUUCACCUACUUCCGUGUUCCUGAGACCAAAGGGCGAACAUUUGAGGACAUUGCCAGUGGGUUUUCCAAAGCCGCAGGCUCCGGUUCGGCCAACUACACGUCCCCAGACGGUACCAUCGCGAUGACAGUAUCUCCAUCAUCGGAGAAGUUUCAGAUGACCGAAAUGGCUGGUCAGGAGAAAAGCUGAGCAAACCUACAGAAAGAAAACCUGUUACCCAAAGUUUGACACCUUAAAUGAACAGAUGCAGCUAAAUAAUGGGCAUUAUUAUAAAGAAAUAGAUCAGAGUAUUUAUUUAUUUUUAAGUAAAUCACUGAGACAGAUAGCAGCUGUUAAAAUAAUCACUUUUCUGUGGUCAAAUCACUUUGCUUUUUAUUAUUAUUAUGUGACAGGGUUUAUAAAUGCCAGAAUAGUUUGGAAACCACUGACGCAGAGGUACUACACAGGGUGCUGAUGGGCAGUUAUUAAGUCAUUAUGAGCAAACAAGUGUUUAUUACAUGUGGUUCAGAGGUGUACUGUAUGUUCAGUUAGAUGUCUUUUUUAAUUAACUGAUGCGUGAGAUUUCUACUGAGAACUAAGCACUUUGUGUAAAAUAUUAAAUUGGCUACUAUGACUUAUAUUUAAAUAGUUACUUAUGAGAAGUCAGUGUACCAUCAGAAUGAUUUUGAAACCGUAUUUCAAGGUAAAAAAAAAAAAUAUAUAUAUAUAUAUAUAUAUAUAUAUAUAUAUAUAUAUAUAUAUAUAUAUAUAUAUAUAAAAUAAUUUAAUGCUUUUAAAACCGCUGCUUCACUCCUGUUUGCUCCUGUCCUCUUAUGGUUAUUCAGGCCAUAAGCAUCUGGCGUUUGUUCAUUUUAAUGCUUAAAUUAAAUUCUGUACAGGUCCAGUUAUUUCAGCAUGUGUUGCUGUUUAUGUACAUGAUACUGGUUGUAAAAGUCCCGCUGAAGGUAUGAAUUAUCAGUGUUUAAAUGGUGUUCAUCAUUUCUCGUGAUGAUUGUUUGUGAACAUGACUGAAUGAACACUAUUGUUACAGGAUCAUAUGAAAAUUAAUCAUGAAAUCCACUCAAGCACACUGUUUAAUAGUUUUUUAAUAUGCCUUUGCUUUGGGUGUAACACUGUAAACAUUUUGCUCUUCUGUGUAAAUACAUAUUUUUGUUUGUUUACAUUUAUUGCUGCGCUAGUUUGACUGGACGAUUGAGAUGCUUUUUUUAAAAAUACGCACGAAUGAGGAUUUCCUUUUUUAUUUUUUUGUGAAUGUGUAUUUUAUAUAUAUUUAUAUAUUUUGUUAUAUUUAUAGCUUUUAUCAUUUUAUCUCCAAUUUCUUGCGUUUUUACUUUUUUAAAAACGAUGUUCUAAAUAUGAGUGUAUGUAAUUCCCAUAAGCACUUGAAACCAUAUUUAUUUUGAGUGAUUGAAAAGAUUAAAACAUUCCCAUUGCACAUGA